CCUGCUCUGGUCGAAGGUGUUCAUAUCCUUAUUUUCCAUGACAGAUCUUGAUGACACUGUAUGCAAAAGAUACAUGAAGAUGAUUACAAACAUAGUAAUAUUGAGCCUGAUCAUAUGCAUUUCCUUAGCUUUCUGGAUUAUGUCAAUGACUGCUAGCACCUAUUAUGGUAACUUACGGCCUAUUUCUCCCUGGCGUUGGCUAUUUUCAGUUGUUGUUCCUGUUUUGAUUGUCUCUAAUGGCUUUAAAAAGAAAAGCCUAGAUUACAGUGGAGCUUUGGGAGGGCUAGUGGUUGGAUUUAUCCUAACGAUUGCAAAUUUCAGCUUUUUUACCUCUUUGCUGAUGUUUUUCCUUUCUUCUUCAAAACUCACAAAAUGGAAAGGAGAAGCAAAGAAGCGUUUAGACUCAGAAUAUAAGGAAGGAGGGCAGAGGAAUUGGAUCCAGGUGUUCUGUAAUGGAGCUGUGCCUACUGAGCUGGCCCUACUGUACAUGAUAGAAAAUGGCCCCGGGGAAAUACCAAUCGAUUUUUCUAAGCAGUACACUGCUUCCUGGAUGUGUUUAUCUCUCUUGGCUGCACUGGCCUGCUCUGCUGGAGACACCUGGGCUUCAGAAGUUGGCACAGUACUGAGUAAAAGCCCACCAAGGCUAAUAACAACCUGGGAGAAAGUUCCAGUGGGAACUAAUGGAGGUGUUACAAUGGUGGGACUUGCCUCAAGUCUUCUUGGUGGUACCUUUGUGGGCAUUGCAUACUUCCUCACACAGUUGGUUUUUGUGAGUGAUUUAGACAUUUCUGCUCCACAGUGGCCCAUUAUUGCAUUUGGAGGUCUAGCCGGAUUGCUAGGAUCAAUUGUGGACUCAUAUUUAGGGGCAACAAUGCAAUUUACUGGUUUGGAUGAAAGCACUGGCAUGGUAGUCAACAACCCUACAAAUAAUGCAAAGCACAUAGCAGGGAAACCCAUUCUUGAUAACAAUGCAGUGAAUCUAUUUUCUUCUGUUCUUAUUGCCCUCUUGCUCCCAACAGCUGCUUGGGGGUUUUGGCCCAGAGAGUGAACUUUAUUUCAUUUCCAUUGGUUGAAACUGGGUCUUGCUAAGUUGCUGAGACUGGCCUCUAACUUGCAGUCUUCUUGCCUCAAUUUCCGGGGAUUAUAGGUAUGUGCCAUCGCAUCUGGCCUGCGUGUUUUUAAAAAUCAAAACUUGUGUCUAAGCUCCAUGCCCCCAAAUUCUGACUUAGCUGAUAUAGGAUAUAGCCUGGGAAUUGAAAUUUUAUAAAGCUUUAGGUGCACAUGAGAUUCAUGUAGAGAUUUUUUUUUUUUAACUCUGUUACUGAGGCCCUUUUUUAAACCAAGUAAAUCAGAAUGUCUUAAAAUGAUGUCCUUGCUCUCGCUUUAUGUAGCCUACUCCGCAUUGGGUAUUUUUACAAAACCCUCUGGUAGAUUUUAAUAUCUAGCCAGGUUGAGAACCCCAGAAUUAAGAAUAUCUGUAUUUAAAGGAAGCAUCAAAAGAAUGGAAUGUCUUGUUUUUAGGGAGUCAACAAUCAGCAGAGCACUAGGGUUGAUAGCUUCUGGUAAUCGUGCACUGUCUUGCAGCUGCAUCUCUUGUCAUUGCUGUCGGUUUUUCAUGCAGCCCAUGUGUUAUUUGAACGUGCCUUUCCUCUUUUCCUAGAAAUUCAUCCUCAUGACAUACUAAGGGACAAAAGUACUUACUGGGACCAGCUUUAGGUUUGGUACAAUCACCAUGUCAUUAACAGUGUGGAGAGAGAUUACUAUACAAUCCUUUGUUUGAAAACUUAGGGUUAGUUGUGUUUUGGGAUCAAAAUUUUUCAGAAUUUAAAAAACUAAUAGGAUCUACAUAGAAUAUUUCACUCAAAGCUACUAAAAAAGUCCAGGGUAGAAACCCAUUAUCAAAUGCACUCCUACUUUUGUGGUGAGUUAUGAAUAGCCCUACUGAAGGUGAUGACUAAAGAAUGUAAAGAGCCUCAGGUUAAGUCAUGUCAGGUUUUGUCACCAAACUUGUGAAGAAACAAUCCAUAGUUCUUGGAUAUGAAAACUACAGAUAAAGAAUUGAGGUUCUGUCCUUUUUUCUUUUUUUAAUCCUACAUAUAUGUUCUGUAACAUCUUUUGUUAAUUGGAUAUUUAAUUCAACUACUCUUCUUGGGUAGGUGGGCAGUUAUAUUAAAAACACUUUCAUGGAGAGAGCUCCAUGUAACAAUAUAAUAAAAUAUUAUGUGCUUCUGCCUA